ACGCGGGAGCUUCGUUCCCAUCAUUUCUGUCAGGUGAUCUGAGGAGGCGGCUGUGUGAUCCGUACAAUGAGCUCCCAAUGUCCCCGGUGCCAGAAGACCGUCUACUUCGCGGAGAAGGUCAGCUCUCUGGGGAAGAAUUGGCACCGAUUCUGUCUGAAAUGUGAGAUGUGCAGCAAGGUGCUCUCCUCCGGGGGACACGCCGAGCACGAUGGACGCCCAUACUGCCACAAGCCGUGCUACGCUGUCUUGUUCGGCCCGAAAGGUGUAAACAUUGGUGGAGUUGGGUCCUACAUCUACGAUACAACGCCUCGAUCCUCGGGGGACCAGGGUCCCGUGACCCCUGUGGUCAGUACUGCAAACAAUGCUGCCAAGCCAGCUACACGAGUUGUGGCCCCGACACGGACAUUUGCUGGGGAGACAGCUUUAUGCCCAGGCUGUGGAAAGAUUGUCUACUUUGCGGAGAAGGUGAUGUCACUGGGCAGAAGCUGGCACCGCCCCUGCCUCCGAUGCCAGCGCUGCAACAAGACAUUGACUUCUGGGGGACAUGCAGAGCAUGAUGGCCUGCCGUACUGUCACGUGCCCUGCUACGGGCAUCUCUUUGGACCAAAAGGGGUGAAUAUCGGUGAUGUUGGAUGUUACGUCUAUACCCCUUCAUCCGACAACCCAGAGAGCCGGGAUCAGAUGUGAGCGGUGUCAGAUGACUCCGGAUGAGGAAAUGCUUCUUCUGCCUCGUUUAACCCUUCACUGCUGGACUGCAAUGCACUAUGGGAGCCCCGCUUCAUUCUCCUCAGGGGGGCGCUAAAUGAUGAUGAUGGUGAACAAGAGUUAUGACCCCCCCCCCCCCCCCCAAUAUGUAUUUAUUAAUAUUAUUAUAGGUUUAUAUAACUCUGGAUCAUUCCUGUAUUGGUGACUCCUGUAUUUAGACGUCGUGCCCACCUGCUGUAGCUCAGUCAGUUAGGCCAGUGGU